AUGCCCCAUCACUCUGGCUGUGCUGAUUGCGGCAACAUGAAAGGUCUCUUCCGAUGCAGAGGUUGCAAAGUGACCCAGUAUUGCUCUACUGGACAUAAGAAGGCCGAUUACAUCAAACACAGAGUCACUUGCAACCGCAUCCAAAAGGCCCUGAGAAAGAUGCAAGCCCGAGAACGAGCUUUAAGAGCUCACGAAGAUAAGCCUUUUGAACACGACAUUGGAACUUUUUGGGGUUGUCCUGAGACACGCCCCUACAUGCGAGCCCGUUUAGAAUAUGUGAACGCCCUGUUGGCCAACAAAUCCUUCGAAUCAAUCAAGACUCAGCUCGACCACUGCAUGGAAUGUCUGAGAUUAUGCAAAAGAGACAACAUGGAAAUUCGUGAACAAAUCCUCUCACUCAUGAUCUGCUUGGGCAAAGACCAAGAAUGCUACAACUUUGUGAAAUGGUGGACAUUUUCUACCUGGAGAGGGGAACGUUGGGGUGAAAAAUCCAUCGAGAAUGCCAACCCACUCGAGUCGUCCGACUGGUACUUUGACAUUCAUGGCUCUGUUCUUCCACAUGCGGUGUCGAUGACUCUCCUCAACAUCAAGCUGAUGUUUGUCCUCAUGAGCCAGCUUGAAGAUGAAAGCGACAACUGCGGUUCGGUCAUUGAGGCCAUGGAAUCCGUUCGAGGGUCAUCAUUUAUGGAAAACCCAGAGAUGAAAAACUGCAAGAACAAGCUCGCCGAGAUUGAGAAAGUCAAGGAUCGCAUUCGUCGAUUGUACACUUUCGUCGAUAAACCAAACUCGCUCUUUUGGCCUGCACUUGUCGAACCAGACGAGCACCUGGGCAUUAUACCCGAUGGAUUCGGCAUUGGAGGCAAGUGCCAGAUGCAAAUGACCUUGAACUACACCUAUGACUCAUGGGACAAUUUCAAGCCUGGGAUUGAAAUCAUUGCUAGAGCACUGAAAGGAGAAAUGAUUUAA